UGAACGUCUAAUUCUGAUGUAAAACUGUGAGCGCUUGUAGCAGCCGGACGAACAGUGCACGUCUUGGUGGAUGUCAGCCCCAAAGCCCGCCAGAGUGCGCUAUUAUUCCUGACGUCGUUAUAUUGGGGCUGUGUGGAUGCGAGCGCCCUCGCCGUGUAGCGAGACGAAGCGGUUUUCUCGUUAUAAACUUCUUCCUCGUCAAGGUCUUCGAAAAAAGAGCUGAUUUCAAGAGCCAAACUAGAACUGCUACAGGAGUCGUCCACAGUAGGCGAUUGCACUUUUGCACACAGUGGAUAGACUUGGCCACCAAGGGUGCGUGGAGAAUUCCGCUCGAACAGAAGUUCUCUUGUCUAAACGCACAAAUUUCAGUUUUAUGGGAAGGACGUGCUGAUUACAACAAUAACAUAGGAAAAUGGUUCUACAAAGGAUAUUCCGGACGGUUAUCAUGGGACCGCCAGGUUCAGGGAAGGGCACAGUGUCUGGGCGCAUAGUAAAACGUUUCGGAUUAACGCAUCUUUCAAGUGGAGACCUUUUGAGAGCCAACAUUAAAGCCCAAACAGAGCUGGGUCUUCUGAUGAAGUCAUGCAUCGAUCAGGGUCAGCUGGUACCUGAUGACGUCAUCUCCCGUCUCAUCCUGACAGAGAUGAGGAGCAUAGAGCAGAGCAGCUGGCUGCUGGACGGGUUCCCCCGCACCGUGGCUCAGGCGGAGACUCUAGACAGCGUGUGCAGUGUGGACACAGUCAUCAACAUUGACGUUCCUUUCCAGACCAUCAAACAGAGACUGACCUCUCGCUGGCUCCACCUGCCCAGCGGACGCGUCUACAACAUCGACUUCAACCCACCGAAGAUCUCUGGCCUGGAUGACGUCACUGGAGAGCCUCUGAUUCAGAGAGACGAUGACACACCAGAGACCAUCACCAGGAGGCUGAAGUCCUACGAGAUCCAGACACAACCCGUGUUGGAGUACUACAGGAGCAAAGGGAUGUUGGAGACAUUCUCAGGAACGGAAACCAACAAGAUCUGGCCUCACAUUCAGGCAUUUCUGUCCAAAAAACUCUUCCCCCAAAAUGAAACGGUUGUUGGGAAAGCCUAGAAUCCACUCUGGGAACAGAUGGAUUAGUUUACCACAAUUUAAAUGGAACUCAACUCUUUGGUCCAAACCAUAGCAGUAUCUCUGUGCCUAUAUAAGACCAUGCCACUUAGUACAACAUAUUGUAGUUGGAUGAGGAUCACUUGUUCAACCAAUGUCACAUUCUAUCUCUGUUCAUUCCAUAUGUAGCCUGAUCCCAGAUCUGUUUAUGCUGUCUUGCCAACUCCUAUGGUCACUGUCAAGCUAAACAUCGAUCGUAGGAGUUGGCAAGACCGCACAAACAGAUCUGGGACCAGGGUACACCAUAUGUAACUUGUUUCCAGGUGAUGUGUGUGUGUGUGUGUGUGUGUGUGGACAGGACAUGGCUUGAGGGUAAAGUGCCAUUAUGUGAAGUGGUCUUGAAUUAAUCAAUGUUUGUAGGGCCAAGUGCCUGUUGUUGACUGUACUUUAUCAUGUAGUAGUUUUUAAAUGAUCGAAAAUGUGAAUCACCAUGCAAUUAAUACAUAAAAAAAAUGCUGAUUUUAUGCCUAACGACA